CUAUAGAUUAAUGUUGAACACAACUAUGAGCUUAAGAAAAAAUAUCAUCCGCUUGGGAGUAAUAGAAUUAACCCGUCAGCGAAGUUUGAAAAAUCAAUAUUUCUGGCAAAGACAUAUGCAAAUGUCUGCAUCGCCUCUUAAACUUCACAAAUUUUGUAGGCGUCGAAUUACCACCGACGACGACGGCUAAAUUUGCUCGUCUCAUUUACCGUCUUAUACUUAAGAGUCAAAAAAAUUUAGAAUCAAAUGUAUGCCAGAAAUAUUAUAAACAUAAUUAUAUACGAAUUAACUAUUUUACAACUGGUUUUGUUAUAUGCCCAAAGAGUGUGUUAUUGGUGAUGUCCUAUGCUAUGAAUGGUCAUAGAUUGGUCUGAAGUAAACCAUUUUCAUACCAGUCCAGAAAAUAUGAAAUAAAGUGUACUCUGAUUGUGGAAGAAAAUCCCUUAAAUAAAAACUCACUAAAAAGCGUUCUGUAUUUCAGAAUUCAGUCUUUUGUUUUUUGUGUAGUAGUUGUAUUUCAGAGAGAAAUUUCAAGUAUAAAGUGCAAUCCAAUAAUUUGUUUAUGUUUAUUUUAAACGUUGAUUUUGUUUUUGUUUGUACAUACUUACUAUUAUUUAUAGAUAGGUGCUGAGCAAUUAAAUAUUUCAUAGAUAUAGGAAAAGCCAAAUUUUUCGCGAAAUUUAUUUAUUUUAAUUUAGUAUGAUUUUUUCCUACUUUGCAUCUACUUGUGCAUAUUGAGUAUAAUACUUGAUAUGCUCUUUUUUCUUAUGUUUUGACAUCUCUGUAAAGCAGUGCGGCGUGUCGUCCCCCUCGGCCACCGCCUCUCUCCUCUGUAUUCCUACCCUCCCAAGUUGUAAUGCAAUAUGCGAGACGGGUGCUGCAUAAUGCGCGAGAAUGCUGAAAGCAAACACAAAUUACCAACUUGCUAACAGCCAAGAACAACAAUAAAAUGGAAUUAUAAACACACGCGCAUAUGAGCAGUUGAGCAGUAGAUCCAAUAAAAUUGAAUGCGACGACUUUUUGAGUUACAUGAUAUUUCACUUUUACCAAUGUAAAUAUGUAUAUGGCGCUGUGUGCGGAUGCGUUACGUUUAUUUUGUUGUACUGUGAAGUAAAUUCUUGCGUUCGGUAGUAGUACGCCUUCACGGACGGCGACAGUUCACAACAUUGGCGACCAGUGGCCGCACGGAGUUAAGUGGAGUUGUUGGCGUGUUCUUUUGUGUAGUCAAUGAAGUGCAUAAGUGCGUCCGUCUCAUUAUCAACAUUGUGUCAUUUGGAACGGCGAACGUUCUCUUCCCAAAACAUUUGUGUUUGUUUAAAUUUUGAGUGCUGUUAGACGCCGUUUGCUCUCACCUCCCCUUUCCCUCGAUACCACUCUAGCAGAUUAUCAUCAUCGGACGACAAUAUGAUGUUUAGUUCAUUCGCGGCAGGCCAAACUUCGACAACCUACUGGCAGACAUACAUACAUACAUUUAUACAUGCGUUGUGCUCUGCAUUAUUGUGCUAAUUUGUAUGUACAUAUGUACAUAUGUAUGUAUGUAUUUAUGUUAUCACUUGUGUUUAAUUUUGUUGUUUGCCUCUGUUUAGGCGGUUUGGUCACAAUUGUUGUUGUUACGCAGACCUUUCGUCGCCGUACUCUGUUCACUCGACGCUAAACUUAUUGACGUUCAGUUUCAGCUGCGACUGCCGUGUUGUGUCGUCCGCAUUUUUAGCUAUCGCGCCAUAACAACUGCAGUAUUAUCCCUGAACUUGUGAUCACAAGCACAUUUAUAUAUAUUUCGUGUCCAUACAUGAGAUGCAUUUGUGUGCUUAAAUGUUCUUACUACAAACCGCGUAGGUAUACAUAUCUAUGUAUGUAUGAAUGUAACUCCGCACAUACGUACUUCGGUUAUUAAGCGGCUUGCGUGUAAUUAUAAGUAUUAAAAGCUAUGGAAAUGAACCUGUAUUUUUCAGUUAUCGUAAUUAUUCUGAUACCCUCGUCGCAAAACAGCUAUUUGUCGAUUAAAACUCGUACAUUUCAACUGACCAGUUCAAGGCCGACAAUAUCAUUAUUAUUGUAUGUUUUCAAUGCUCACUGAGUUGACAGAUACUUAAAUACAAAUAAAGUUGUUCCGCUAUUUUAUACAGCCAAUAGCCAAAAGUUAUUUUGAAUAUACAUAUGAAACGAAUGAAGUACUUAGCUAUCAUCAAUAUCAUGAAAUAAUUGGCUAUAAUUUCAGUUUGAAAAGUUAUGCUGUGACAAUUAUCAGUACAAUAAAAAUUUAUAAAUUUUAAAAUCUUUUGAAUUUAACACGAUCUUCCGAAUCAGCAGUGUUAAUUUAUUCACUCCCGCUAAGUCGGGCAAUAACAAACUCAUAGCACAAUCGAUGACUUAUUAUUAAUUAGAAACCCAAUAUUAUAGACAUAUGUAUGUAGUCCACUGUUUUACUAUUUUAAAAAUAACUCGAGUUUGUUGUCAUUUUUGGCGUUUAGUAGUAAACGAGUUGGAGUUUUUAUUAAAACUGUUUGUUAUGUUCGGACUGCUGACUGUUUUGACGGUUCAGCGUUGUGUCAUUAAAAUGUCAAAUUAUACUCAGAAUUUUUUCCGCGAUCUAAUGAAAAUCUUUCAUAAACUUAAAAGCUUAAGCUCAUCUUAAGGUUCAUUUAAAUGUACAUUUAGGUGCAGAUUACCGAAAUUCUGCUUAGAAAGAAAAAUUCUGUUCCAUAGCUGUUGAAUGAAGUGCAAGGUUUCAUUUUCGCAAUCGGCCACAACGUUUGUGCGAAAAACAUCAGAAAUAAAGCAUGCAAAUAAAUAAAUUAUUCAAGAGUUUCCACCUCCUAUUGUGCCAUAUUUUUGCUCCAUGGCAAACGGAUGAAUUUGGGGGAUAUUGGAUAUGUCUCGUUUUGAGUUCAGACUAUUUCAGAAUAACACACAAGAAAGACCAACUCUUUGUGUUGUCAGACAAUAACAAGAAACCGUCAACGGCAAAUAUUUGCAUUACAAAUAUGAGCAACGACAUUAACAUAUUCACGAUUGAUUCGCAUUUCAAAUUAUUUUGAGAAAUUGUUUGUUGAACAUGUCAUAUUCCAGUGUGGACAAUGUGAGUGUGCUUAUGCGUGCUGUGUUUGUAUUCAGCGCACAAAGCUGUUGUUUAGCAAAGUGGACAUUCAGGCGGCUGAGUAACUAUCUGUUGGUUUUGCCGUUGCCGUUGUUGACUCAUAAACAUCUAACUUAUGGCCAAAUGCAGAUAUAAAGGUAAGCAAGCACAUAUGUACUUACCGUGUGUGCUAUGUACAUUGUAUAUCUGAUGUUGUUGUAAUGUAUGCAAAAGCAAAUUGCGAGCGAACGACAGCAGCAAGCAGUCAAGUUACUACGGUAAACAGCACUUUAACCACCGUCUGGCGAUUUUAGACGAGGAGGGGUCAUGGUGGCGUAGGUGGCGGGUUCGCAUGUUUCGAAUUUCUUAUGUACAUGUGUGCCUCACAACAUGCAUAUCAGCACUCGUACAUAUGUAUUGGUGUAUGAGUUUAAUUGGCAGGUUUGCUGAUUUACUAAAGUAUGUGUUUGUGUGUGGGUGAAAUUCGGCGUCGUUGUGUGGCAAUUGUCAACUUGGCAAAACGUCAGGUGAGUUUGAUGGCGUUUGGUGUGUAUUUGUUUUGGUAUUUAACCGUUUAUAUUUGUGGAGAAGCCUUUAACCGUCCAGCGGUUGGGGAAGAGGUACAACCUGCAGGCCAAUAUUUUGUAUUGGAUAUGCAAAGUUCCCUUCACAUUUAUUCAACAUAUUUUCACGAAGUAAUCGGAAAUGUGAGUGUGUCAAAGCAGUGUUCUGCCAUUUAUACGUGCGUCGGCAGUGCAUUUCAAUUCUAUCGAUGCGUGUACAUAAAUUUAAGUUCUUAGCUUUUGGAAAAUAAUCACAUCUGACUCAAGCAACAGAACGCGGCAGACGCUCCGAUACCUCACCCUACACCGCCGACCAACGGCUUUUAACGCAGACUGGGGUGGCUAAGCAGUGAUUGCUGCUUGGCAUUUCCUUUCGAAAGUUUGACAAAUUGUCCAUGCUAAUACCAUAAAUACAUACAGACAUAAGAACAAAUAUCUGUGUAUAUAUGUAUGUAGGUAUAUGGUAUGCGCGCAUAUGCUGCGAUUAUAAGUUGUUUUAAUCGACACAUUAGCAUGCGCUAUGAAGUCAUUGGGCGGGUCUGACACGUUCGCGAUUCGACAAGUUUGUUCUCCAUAUCACCAAUUGAGGUGCGCAAUGCGGGUUCGGCUCCUAAGUCUUUUGUUUGGCCGUCUAAUUCGCAUUCAAGUUUCUGGCUUUCUCAAACGCUUAUCACAAACACAUACAUAUACGCAUUCACAUACAAACACACACGAGGUUUCAAGUAUUUGUAAAUAGUUGUCACGGAAUGUUGCCGUUAGAUUCGAAACGCGUUUGCUGUUCUGUGCUCAAUUUUCAACCUCGAUACACGCAUACAUAUGUAUAUCAAUAUAUUCUACGAGGCGAGAACAUGGUGGUCAAUUUGACUUAAUAUUAUUGAAUGAGACAGCGGCAGCAAGCCGCUAUUUAUAUAGAAAUAUAUAAUAUAUAUAUAAAUAUAUAUAGAAAACACAAAAGUAAGCAAACAAACGCCGCCAUUAUAUCUUAUAUCUGCGAGUCAGCAAAAUUUGGGCGUUUUGCAGAUUCCGUAUAUCAUUUGAAUGUGUUGAAUUCCGCGUAUUCAUUGCAUUUCAAGGUGACGCACAAAUUAACACAAAACGAAAUGUGAAAAAAGCAUUGAAAUCAAAUAAAGUGAGUGAGUCAAGAUAAAGUGAUCAUCGCAAAGCAAACAAGCUACAACCAGUGAGCGUAGUAAUCAAAAAAAAAAAACAAAACAAAACAUAACCCAAACAAAUGCAAAAAAUGCAUAAUUUUUAUCUCAAACCUUUUAAAAUUUUAAUCGAAUCGUGAAAUCAUCCUGAGAAAUGUAAAUAAUUUUAGCUGACGUUAAACGAAAAACUAAAAACAACAAUAAUUAUACACAAAUGGAAGCUAAAUUUGAUCAAUGCCAAGCAGCGUGGUUGCGCGUGUCUGUUUUUCACGAUUCUCAAAGCAAUUAACACUGGGUGUUGCAGAAAAUUUGGGAAAAGCGCGUACGUAUGUUAACCACUAAUUACACAUACAUUUAAACAUACAUUAUUAAGAGUAAGAAUAAAGUGUUAAAGAUUAAAAUCACAAAAAAGUGGAGUAAGUGACGGCCGCAAUGGAGGUGUAUACCGAGGGACCGCAAAAGAGCGAAGAGGACGCUUCGAAGUACAUGCUGGACGGUAAGAAAAACUUUUAAUCUUAAUUUAAAUUCUAAAAAUAUUCUGCAGGAUGCUUCGAGUGUGUACUUAUUUUUAAACGACAAAUAUUUAUUUCUCAUUGUACAAAAAUUUCCUUGUGAGCCUUAGCCGAAAGCAAUACGAGCGACUAAUAAGGUGUUAAUUUCGUUCUUGAAGAGAAGAUUUUGGUUCUCAUUACUGUAUGCCGUUCAAAAAAUGAUUUAAGUUCCUUCUUUCUCAGUGUUGACGCUGGUUCGCUAUUAGCCGAGCAUGCCUAAAACUUCGAAGUGAGUAAUGCCACCCGUGUGUGGGAGUCAAAGUGCGAAGAAGCUGACUUUAUAUUUUUAUUUGAUGCAUCGUAUAUAUGGGACCAGCAUCUAACAUUAGAACAUUAAAUUGCGGUUAUGAGCAGGAACGAAAUACGAACAGUGAAUCUAUUUGUUGAGAUUUUAUUACGUAUUGUGGACGAAUUUUUAUUAACAAAUCCUGCACAAAGCUUCCGCUCUCUUACAUGACCGCACGUCUCUUUACACCUUGUGUCAUUCGUAAGACUUGACACUGACUGAGUAAAAAAGUGAUGUAUAUUUGUUCCUGGAUUUAUUAAUGGAAAAUCCAUCAAAUUAGAUAUGUUAAAUAUCCAUGACCUCUGACAUCGUUUAAUUUUGUUGUUACACGUGGCUUUUUUACUGCAUCGAAUUCCAAGACCCCAAUUUACGGAGCAACGCAGAUGCCAUCGACCGCGGAAGGGCUCUGGGUAGCUGACACCACAGCCGCCGUUAUUGAUGCCAGAGUAAGUUAUUGAUGUAAUGCGCUUCGUGAGAUUUGUGUGACGUGUACCUGUACAUAAUCGUAUGUAAGUUUGGCGUAGGGAAAAAUUUCCGCAAGUUGGACAAUUUGAACAAUUUUCACGUCAUUGCAAAAGCCACUUUUUGGCUUCAUGGUACCCCCUUACUGGUGUAAUUCAGUAUGUUUGCAAUUAAUUAUGUGUGCAUAUUUCAAAAAUGCAUAGCUAUAUUUUGAUGUUACGAGAAAAUGCAAAACUUAUUGUAAAUGCCAAAGUGGAGCGCUAAAUGACCGCAUGCAACGGCCGGUGAAUGCCACUCAACCUGCGAACGUAAGCAAAUAUGUAAGCGAACAUGUAAAGCGUGUUUUCAGAAGGUUUUUGCUUUGCUUUGUGGCUGUGUGUUGUUGGGGCUGUGCCAGAUACAGUUACAAAUUAUUUGGUGAUCGUGUUGAUCAUAAAAAUGUGCGAUACCGCCGCCGUUGCUUGGCUUUGCAGUGGCAGCAGUUGCCGCAGUUUCGGUUGUGAUCGUUCUCACGCCUCCGCAAUCGCUUGCGCCCACGCAUUCCAUUCUCCGUUCAUGUAGUUGUCGCAGCCACGACGGCCAUCCAGCUUGACUCUUUGCCGGCUCAGUGUUUUCAGCAAUGAAAUGUCACAGGUUGGCAACCGAAAACGCCAUUAGAGUAACAACACGCGGAUUUGCAGCAGUUAAUGUUGUUGGUGCUGUUGUUGGGCAGUGAUUGCUUUGCCCGAUAGCUAAAAUACUUGUUCGCGCUCAAAUUAAAGAGUAAGGGACUUGGGGUGGGGAUGCGAGUAACUGACUGGGCAGGCGAACAGGUCGUUAAAUGAAUAGCUGGAUGUCUGGCAGACUGUCCGACCAGCAAUUUGUUUUGGCGCAGAAAACUCUGAUAGUGAUGCCCGCGUCGGAGUCGAGGCUAAUGAAUGCACCAGUACCUGUGUGCAUGUAUGUGUGUAUGUAUGUAUCAGGUGCACACAUUUGAGCUUUGCUCGAGAUCUUCUGAUGCUUGGCUUCACAAGCAUUCAGAGACACUUAGAUAAAUGCAUACUUGUACACAUGUACAGUAUUGCUUACAGAUGGAGUUCGUAGUGUUGGCGACACCACUGUGGUCCAUAACGUUGUUGCCAUAUAGUUGCUUGCGAAAUAGUGAAAGGUGUUGGGUGCUAUUUGAAUGACGUCCAGCGUUUCCAUAUCGCUGCGCUGACCAACCCAAAACCGAAAACGAUAUGGUGUGCGACGGACGCGAUCACAUUUACCCAUUCCGGUGUGGCACUUCAUGUUGCUCGAUUUGCCGCCAGCGCAAACAACGUCAAGUGUUUCGGGGAAAUUUCAAUUGCCGACAAGUGUUACGCCAAACAGCUAUGCAUUAACGCUACCUGAGCGUGAGUGUGCAAAGUGGUGAGUGCUGGGUGGUGAGUGGUGCAGGGCAAGCAAUCCGAUCCAUUCUUCAAUUCGCUUGGCUAAAUCAGCGUGCAAAAGAGGAGAGGGUUUUGGAUUUCAGCGAGGAGCAUUUGAUACACCACUACACAAACGUAAACAAAUACGUAAAUGCCGAUGGUGAAUGUUGGUGGAGAUAUUGCUGUGCUCUGCCGCAACAACAGAAUGAUGCAGCAAUGUCGAUGACGGUGGAGAAAGCCGCGUUGUGUAAAAGUAAGCUGAGUCGCCAAACUAGCGCUCAUAGAAGAGAGCCCUUACUUUUCAACAAAGUUCCAGGUGGCUGUGCAAAGGUAAUUAAUACGCUGACGCGAAUUGUUGUCCAUUAAUUUGUGAAUUAGAAAACGCAAGGGACAAACGUAUGAAACCGGGUGGUGAUAGUGAUGAAGUGAUGGCGAAAAUCCACUUGGCCUCUAAUAGAAAAGAGCAUUUCCGACUAUAUUUUAUAUACACCGAUAUUUAGGAUAUGUAUAUGUAUGUAAUCUUUCUAAGUUGUAGUAAUGAAAAUUGUCCUACCAUUUUUUUUUUGCUAAACUGGCGGUUGCCAGUAUCCACUAUAGUCAACAGAACUUGGAUUCCAGCCCAGUUGUUAUAAAACAUUACCGCAUUACCAUUAAUUUAUGACACCAAAUAUUUUUAUUUAAAGCUUCUAUAGGACUUCCAGUAAUUUUUUAGUUUUUUCACUGAAACUAACAUCUACUUUUUUUCUUUAAAAUUACAUACCUUAUCUCAAACUAAUUAAAGCUGUAUCAACAAAGCUAUUUUGAGUCGAGAAGUCGGGUUUUCUCUGUAAGCGUAUAAAACAACCUAGCAGGCAGUAAUGCUUCAUUAUUUCAUUUGAAUUUAAUUGCUUUGCGUCCAAAAACUCCGCCUGCAACACCACAGCCUCCGCCAACGAUAGUCGUCAACGCAUUCACCGCAAUCGCUGACAGCGCUACACUGCCGUCGUCAACAUGCCGAUCUUCAACAAUCAGCGUCGCAUUCGCCGCUCUCAAUGCCGUGUGUUUAUAUGGUACUCGUUCCGUUCGUUUUGUUUUUCUAUUUGAUUGUUUUUGCAGCAUAAAUUUGCGCAUUUUUAGAAAGGUAGUUUGCGAUUUUUUACGCGCUUUUACGAGAUUGUCUGCAUGGCUGUCUCAAAGAGGUGUCCAAUUUUUUCUUCUUUUCUUCAAUUUUUUUCAUAGCUCUUUUGGUGCGCCAAGCGGCAUUAGUUGGAACAAUACGCCGGCUGCAAGCGUUGUUGCCUCUUGUCUUGCGUUUAACAGCGCAUUCGCUUGGACGGCAAUAUUCAAGGUGUUCACUUGUUUUGGCAUUAUUCGGCACUUUUUGAACGGGCUUUUUUCUUGGUUUGCUUUUCUGUUGAUUGCAUUGCAAUUUUGUGUUUUGACGGUUUUUAAUUUUGUUUUUAUGCAAAUUCACACAAAAUAUGAUAAUUUGCACUUCAGUUCCCUUCGUUACAUUUUUGCAAUGGGCCACGAUCGGACUUGUGUAGUGUGCAGGUCAGUUGACGUUUAGGCAAGAUUUGCGCUGAUGUUAGUAUGAUGACUGUGGGUGGUUAAGCUGCAAUGAACCCGGUCGACUUUGAGCAGUCAGCCAGCGGUCAAGCGACAAUCUUUUGUUGCUGCAAAAACUUAAUGAAAUGAAGGGUUGUUAUUGUGGCUGUUGACAGUGGUUCGAACGAUUGGCGUUCACUAACAUUUGACAGGUGGGUGUAGGAGACAGUGGCCAUCAGCAUAGUUUUUUUAGGAUUUUGGCCGCCACUGAAGACGUGUAGCCGGUUAGUACAUUUACCCAGUACGUUUAUUUUUGUGUUGCGUACUGUCUUUGCAGCCUUUCGCUUUCACCAAAUCGUGGCCUGUUGACUAUUGUCACUAACGCAUCUAUCACUGGCAUCUGCAGUAAAUCAAGCAAACAGCGAUAGAGGGCUAAAAAUUGUUAUUAUAGUUGUUUGUAUGUCAAGUUUAUCUAACUGUGAACAAUGUAUAUGAAAAAAAAAUUUGGAAAAUCGCAGAAACCUAAUCGAACAAGGGUCGACAGUUGGGUCACUUGUUUGCCGCAGUCAGUCUCACUUUGUUGCGCUUUUAUUCGCCAAUUACUGAUGUCACGAUAUUCACCUAGCACGCAGCGCCAAUGCCACAACCGCCAUUAACAAAAUUUAUAAAAAUGUAUGAAAAGGUAAUAAAUGAACGAAACUCAGAAACGCAAUGUUUGAAGUUGGUUAAUAAAUUGGUAAUUGCAACCACAGAUCCACUUGCACACAAAUAAUUAUAAGAAUUUGUGCGCGCAUAAUUAACCAACUGACCAAUUUCCGAUCGGACGCUGAGUGCUGACCGCCAAUUACUGCAGUCAAGAUCACCAUCAGUCAAACGCUGCACGCCCCAAAUAUGCGUCAACAUGUAACAUUCAAAUGGUAGCAACCGGCAGUGGGUUGUGCAGCUCAUUUGCCACAAAAUGCAAUUACUUCAUUCGAUAUUAACUAAAUUGCAUGGUAAUUGGGCAUAUAAUAAGAAGCAUUGCAAACGCUUGGUUUUAACUUUGUCAUUGGAAGUGUAUAUGUGUGUGUAAGUAGGCUAAAGGAACCAACUAGUAUGGUUUCAGCUAAUUUCUCGGAACCUUGUAUACUAUGACACAUAAGAUCCUGCUUCUAUAACAGAACUCAUUGCCUUCUGAGCCAUGGAUGCCGUUGAGUUUUUAUAGGGAGGAUCUGGAAUGUUUAGCCGGUGUUAGGUAAUCCUUUGAUGAAUUGUGAAUGAGUUAUAAGGUCAAUGGUGUUCGGAGAAGAAAUACUCCUCUGAACAGAAUAAUAGAGGCAGGUUUAAGGAUUCUUGAGAAACAUUAAGGCAUUUAAACUAUUUGAAUAUGAUUCGUACUACCUAAAGUACCUACUCGGUGUGGAUGCCCUAACGUAAAUCAAUUACCCAGCGACACAAGGCUACGAUACAACAAAUCUUGAUGUUGACAUUGUUUGUAGUGGAGAGAACCAUCGAAACAUAAAUUAUUCUAUAAAACCGUGACAUCUAAUUGGUUCUUUUGUUCAGACUCUUAUAUACAUACAGAUACAAAACAAAUUUCAAAUUGGCAGAAGCGUUACAUAGAGGUGCCUAAUAUUAUAUACAAGUAUGAUCUUGAGCUUGCUAACCUAUAUAAUAUGAUAUUUAUUUUUUAUUGCAUUAUUGGUAAACUUAAGCGAAAUGUGAAGAAUUGAUUUAGCGGCCAUCUAAAAUUUCUCUGAUAACUUUAACGAAAGCAAAUACAUAGGGGAGUAAGUACUCAGUUCUAUGACGGAAGUUCAUUAUUCUGUGAGCUACUGUACAGUUCCUUGCGCAUCAAAUUUCAGCGUAUCAAAUUUCAAUAAAAAAAUACACAGUAAAACAAAUAAAAACUACUUUUAUAUUUGAAUAAAAAAAAACGGAGAAACAUUAUCUCCAAUACCAAAAGUAAUAUUUUCUUAUGAGUUGUAUACUCCCUUAUGGAUUUCCGUUAUUCAAAUGAGUGCACACACACAUUUUCGAACAGUCAUUUAAGGUUCCAUGCAAGCCACUUAUUUGGUGAAUAAUCCUUGGAGAAAAGCGUAAACAAGAGCUGUCUUCGCCAGACUUGUAGUCGGUGUUUGCAGCGGAGGCCACUGACUGAGGUGCAAACAAAGUUGAUACCUCGGUAUACAUUUUUGGAAGUGUGGAACUUGAGUGGAUUGUAAAACUAAAGUUUCGCAGGUGUGCAGAGAGCCAAAACAUCAGAGCAAGCUUGCAGUCGGCGUCCAGCGUCGCGAUGCAGUGCGCUUCGAAAGUGCAAGCGGUGUUUAUGAGAUUAAUGCAGCAUAUGCUCUGUCGCCGGCAGCGUUGCUUGCAAUCGUCGAUUAAUCUACAGUGCAAAGUUCACUGUCACAGCUCCGCAAAGUUAGAGACGUUAAUAAAAUAGAAACAAGAAAAGUAAUAUUCUGACACUCUAGAACAGAACCAGUGAGCGAGUCAUUGGCGAACGCUUUGUGGGAGAUGGUGGAGUUGGGUCACCACUGUCAGCGCAAACGAAAGCAGCAAUUAACAAUGUGGCAGCAACACGUUUUAGCUUUUAGUGCUGCUUCAUUACUCUGUGGCUCAGCGGCUCUGAUGUUGUCGGCUGCAGGCGAAUGCUUUCGCGUGCCUCGGUAUACUCGAACCGAACGCUGCGUCAGUCCAUUCAGUCGUUGACUGGACGUGCUGCCGACUACAACGUGAAUUGACUGUGUAUCGCCAUUUCGUGGUUCCGCUCAUUUGAGUUUUUAGUUUUACCUUUUUAGAGUUCUUUAUUUGUUAUCUAUAGUGUCUUUGCGUGCGCGUUGAUUGCGGUUGCAUACCUCUAAAAUUGUUGUGCUCUUGUGAAUGUUAGCAGCGCAUUCGGUAAACCAGUUCGCCUCUGCUUCUGGCGGACGGACAUGAAUUGGUAGAUGAGGAAUCAGUGCAGCUUGUUUUCCGCCAGUGUACUUUGUGAUAUAGAUACUAAUAUAUUUAAAAUUAACGGCACAAUCAGUUGAGUUAUUUUCGCAAAGAUUUCGGGCGUUGUUAACGCGCCCAAAAUGUGAAAUUUUUUUUGCACAUUUGCUCCUGUAUGAAUUAGGCAAAGAAAAAUAUUUUAAAUGAGUGAUUAUAAAUGUGUACAGCGCGCAGCGAGCACAUCCGCUGCCCGCGCUACCUCCACCAGCAAGCCAAGCAAACCGUUUUGCUCGUUGGCCUAUCUGGCUAAAUCCACAGCCGCCAUAAAUAGCAGCAGCGAUGUAAGAAUUCUGAAAGGCCCUGGCCAAAACAGCUUUACCGAUCCAUCGAGCCCACCGAAUGUAGCAGCCACAGCGAAAGUGAAUGAACGUGGUUCGCCUGGGCUUCCUACUGGUACGGCAACAGCAAUCAGGGAGCAUGGAGAUAAUAGCCAACACCCUAACGAGGCUUCGUCAACUUCGCGUAUUGCUAAUGGUCGGUCCAGUAACAAUUUGUCAAGUGAGCAGUCGGACGGCAUCAACCAUUCACGCAGUAUCGCAGAGGUUUUCGGUGUAAUCAACGAGGAAGACGCCACACCCACUACCGAUCAGGUGGAUGGUACUGAUGUGCGUCGUCCAUGGGAGCUUGGUGCGCACAAUGGCUUCGUACGACGCAUUCCUCCUUCAUUAAUGACACCCGCGAAUGCACAGAAUGGAUUCCCGCAUUGCUCUAAUGGCUUGGCUUCACUGUCUAAGUUGAAUAGUAUGGACUGCUGGGACUACACCAUCGAAUUGGAAUGUCUUAACGGUCCGCAAG